GCGUGUAUUCGAGAGUUGAGAGGUCAGCCGCAUUUAGCCCACGUGGGUCCAAGUAAAUCGGUGAAAACAACAUGGGGAAGACAAAAAAACCCGAAUCUACGCAGAAACCAGAAAAACAUCAGAGGAAAAAGCCAAAGCAAAAUGACAAGCCAACGCCGACUGAGCACCUGGAGCAGAUUCCCUACCGCCUACGAGAAAUUAUGAAAAGUAAAGAGAGAAUGAAAAUAAAGGCCAAGAAGAUUAAAACGGUGAAGAAAUCCCCAGCCCCAGCCCCCAAACCUCAGGAUGGCGACAUACCAGUACCACAAUUCCGUAGGAAGGAGAGUGAGUCCGAACCUGCCUUCUUGAAGCGCAUGGCACGAGAGACCCAGCAUGUCAUGUUUCUCACAAAGAACCAGGUGGAGCGUCAGCCAGAGCUGGAGCAGAACGAACAGGAGCACAUGGCAGGAAAACGCAAGUCGGAGAAGAAGAAAGAGCAUGACCAAGUAAGGUUGCAGAGACUGCAUCAGAAGAAGCUGGACCAAGAGGUACAGAGGGAGGAAAAAGAGAGGUUUGAAGAUAAAGUAGAGUUUGGCGAGGUUGCCAUGGCUCCCCCUUCUUUGACCUACAAACCCAGGAAGGACCCAAACAAGUCCAAGGGGGCAAACCGGGGGCUGCUGCUUACCUCUCUCCUGGGCCACACGCCCGUCUCUGUCGCUAAGCCGUCGAUGGCGAGGCAGAGGAUAAUGGAGGAAGAGCGUGUGCGCGUGGUGGAGGCCUACCGCCACCUGAAGAAGCAGAAACAGGCACAGAGCGAGCUCAGAACCGCUGGCAUGAGUAAGCUGCUGAACCCACAGUGAAGCGUGACGCCCCUGAAGCAGUCACCAGCCUGCAGUCCCCAGAGGAGAAGAUGGGACACGGGCAUUACACUAAUCACCUCAGGGCCACGGCACCUCUCAUCAGGUUUGAUGUGGUGGUUUGAAGUGUUUCUCAAGUGGCUCAUCCAGUCCGUAGUCGGACACACCGGGCAGUGGUGACUGGGAGCCAGCUGAGUGUGUAAUGGCCAAAGCUUCCAGUCAUGCCUUAAACUGCGACUGACUGUUGGCUAUGUAAUGUCAUCAGAUAGCCUGCAAGCAUGCCUCAGUGAGAGGACAUGUAACUCAGAGCAGGAAUAAUUAUAUUAGCAGGAGCUACAAGAGUUGCAGGAAUAAUUUGGUUUCUUGGUUGUGCAGGAAUUUUUGUCAUUCUGUCACUUUCAUAAUUUUUCUCGUCCCUCAUAGAACUCAAAUCUCAAGUUAUCAGUAGCUCGAGUUAUCAGUGUCAGCAUUGCAACAUUUCUUGUCCAUUAGAUGGCAGUCAGACCACCAGGUUGUUGACGCAUCCACAGUGCCCACAGAACAUUUGGCCGAGUGCUGUAAACAAAUCAGUAGCUAUUUAUUGCCUUUGCAAAUUUUCUUUUUUCCAUGUCCAGACUUUUGUUUUCUGUUUCCUUCAAAAAAGGAAAAUGCCCCCUCUGCUUGAAAUGUGUAAUAUUUUCUAUAAAACUUUGUUAUUUGUUAGUGAUGCAAUUGACUGAUGUGUUUAUUCUCUGCUUAGUUAUGCGAUAGGAACACAGGGUAGCUACAUCAUCUAGUUGCUCAAAAGUGUUCUGUUUGUUAUACUGCACCCUAAACUCUUUUCUCUUUACUGUCAAGCUGCUCUGUUUGAGCCACCUGGCUGUUGUCACACCUGUGGACUGGCUCUGUGUUCCAGUGGUUUAGGUUGUCCAGGUGACAAAUCAGUUGCCAGGCGACAGUGGCAGGUGCCUCUGAUGUUUAGUGGGGACUUGAUUGCGCCCUCAGCCUUGGACUCUGCCCGCUCAUUUACACACAUACACACACACACACACACACACUUUCCUAUGGUCGCGUCUAUAGCAGAUGGCUCUCAUGGUCAUAGUGAGUGGAGUUGAAGUCCUGUUACUUGUAUCUAAACCCAAUUGUGUCUAAUACACAGUGCAUGUGCACAGUGUAGUCUGAAUGUGUGCUUUGUAAUGGUAUUCAUUGUUAGGUCGCUGUGAAUAAGUGGGGUGUUCACACAAACCAAGAACACUUGCUUUACAUUUACAAAAACAUGUACAUUUUCUCUACCCCUGUGGUAUUUUUAAAACCACCCCAAUAGAAGUUGCGAAGAGUAUCCAACACCUGUCUGGCCAGAUGUAUUGUCCCUGAAGGCUCCUCAACAUUUUAUCUGUGAAACAUCUCUCAUGGUUUCCAAUAGUAUUGUAGUUUCUCAGUUUCCACAAUGAGUGUCACUGUAUGACCCCUAUGCAACAAUACACUCUACUUCACUAUGACAUUUUUGUAUAUUUCCACGGUUUCUGUUAAGAUAAUCAAUAUUUCGGGAAUAUAUAUGAAGGACAUUCACAAACCAUACUUUUGGAUGGACAAAGCAUACACUGAUGGAUUGACUAAACGUGUUAAUAUUUAGAUUUGAUACUUUUGGGGAAGUUGUGGCCUUUCUGCAAAUAGCAUUCAUUCAUUUAGGCUUUGGUCUCGAUACCUAAACUGUGUUACAAAAUACAGAGCACAAGAUGUUGGAUAGAAUUGCUUAAAUCUUAAUAUUUUAAAACCCAUAACCUACUUUAGCCGCUCAUUGAAAUCAGCUCAAGCUUGGUCUGACCCGCAGUUCUUAAUAAAAGCAGAUCAUGAAUGUAUUAUUUUUUGGAAGAAGGCAGUGUUGAAACCGACAGAGGUAAUACAUUUAUGCUAUUAUGAAUAUAUUUCCAUGGCAUUAGGUGUUAGACUUCUGAAUUAAAUGUUUUGCAUAGUAAAAAAAAAAAAA